CAUUAAAUAAAAUUAGUGGUAAUUAAAACAGUUAACAAAAAAAGGACGAAAUGUCGUCGGUAAAAGUAGCGGUGCGUGUUCGCCCAUUUAAUAAUCGGGAAAUUUCCCGUGAUUGUAAAUGUAUUAUUGAGAUGGGUGGAAAUACUACAUCAAUAGUCAAUCCAAAAGUUCCAAACGGAAAAGAUAUAAAAAGUUUUAAUUUUGACUUUUCAUACUGGUCACACAAUACCGAUGAUGAAAAUUUCUCAUCUCAAGCGGUUGUCUACAGCGAUAUUGGCGAAGAAAUGUUACAGCAUUCAUUCGAUGGCUACAAUAUAUGUAUCUUUGCGUAUGGUCAAACCGGUGCGGGUAAAUCGUAUACAAUGAUGGGCAAACAAGAGGAGGGACAAGAGGGUAUCAUACCACAAAUAUGUCAAGAUUUAUUUACACGUAUACGUAAGACAACAUGUGAUGAAUUAAAAUAUUCCGUGGAAGUGUCAUAUAUGGAAAUCUAUUGUGAACGUGUUCGUGACUUAUUGAAUCCAAAGAAUAAAGGUAAUUUACGUGUACGAGAACAUCCAUUGUUGGGUCCAUAUGUUGAGGAUUUAUCAAAAUUGGCUGUGACCAGUUAUCAAGAUAUACAUGAUUUAAUUGAUGAAGGAAAUAAAGCACGUACGGUUGCUGCAACUAAUAUGAAUGAAACAUCUUCUCGAUCUCAUGCUGUAUUUACAAUAUUUUUUACACAACAACGAUUUGAUACUAUAACACAAUUAACCACGGAGAAAGUAUCAAAAAUAUCAUUAGUGGAUUUAGCUGGUUCGGAACGAGCUGACAGUACUGGUGCAAAAGGUACACGACUCAAAGAAGGUGCAAAUAUUAAUAAAAGUUUAACCACACUGGGCAAAGUCAUAUCUGCUUUAGCUGAAAUUUCUGCUUCAAAAGCUAAAAAAUCAAAAAAGGCUGAUUUUAUUCCAUAUCGUGAUUCAGUAUUAACAUGGUUGCUACGUGAAAAUUUGGGUGGAAACUCAAAAACUGCUAUGAUUGCUGCUAUCAGUCCAGCAGAUAUUAAUUACGACGAAACAUUAUCUACCCUAAGAUAUGCAGAUCGUGCUAAACAAAUCGUAUGUAAAGCUGUGGUUAACGAAGAUGCCAAUGCUAAACUUAUUCGUGAACUUAAGGAAGAAAUCCAAAAACUACGUGAAUUACUUAAACAAGAGGGCAUUGAUGUUCAAGAAGGGCCUGAUGGUAAAGUUGUAUACGAAAAGCGAGAUCUCAAUAAAGAUGGAAAUGGUGGUCAAAAUAUUAAACAACAGAAGAAUGAAGAACAAACUGAACGACAUCGUGUGCCUUCAACGACAAUCGCUGAAGAAGCUGUUGAUCAAUUACAAGCUAGUGAAAAAUUAAUUGCUGAAUUGAAUGAAACCUGGGAAGAAAAAUUAAAACGUACCGAAUUAAUACGUUUACAACGUGAAGCUGUAUUCGCUGAAAUGGGUGUUGCUGUCAAAGAAGAUGGUAUUACUGUUGGUGUAUUCUCACCAAAACGUACUCCUCAUCUUGUGAAUCUAAACGAAGAUCCAUUUAUGUCCGAAUGUUUAAUUUACUACAUCAAAGAUGGCGUAACUCGUGUAGGCUCAGCUGAAGCAAACGUCCCGCAAGAUAUUCAACUAUCCGGUGCACAUAUCCUCUCUGAACACUGUGUCUUCGAGAACAAAGAUGGCGUUAUACAAUUAAUACCACAUAACGGUGCAUUUAUCUAUGUGAACGGACGUGAAAUUACAUCACCGAUUGUUUUAAAAACCGGAUCACGUGUUAUAUUGGGUAAAAAUCAUGUAUUUCGAUUUAAUCAUCCGGAUCAAGUGCGUGAACGACGUGAAAAACAAGAGUUAGAAGAAAAAGAGGAUAUUAGUCCAGCUGCAUCACCGGAAAAUGUUGAUUGGAAUUUUGCACAAAUUGAAUUGUUAGAGAAACAAGGUAUCGAUUUAAAAGCGGAAAUGGAAAAACGUUUAUUAGUUUUAGAAGAACAAUUUCGUAAAGAGAAAGAAGAGGCUGAUCAAUUAUUCGAAGAACAACGAAAGAAUUACGAAGCACGAAUUGACGCCUUACAAAAACAAGUUGAAGAACAAAGUAUGACAAUGUCAAUGUACAGUUCAUACACACCCGAAGAUUUUAACAAUGACGAAGAUAUUUUCGUGAACCCGCUGUUUGACGCAGAAUGCUGCUGGACGGAGAGACAAUGCUGGCUGGCUGCAUGGGCUUGGCGUAAAUGGAAACAUCAUCAAUUUACAAGUUUACGAGAUGAUUUAUGGGGUAAUGCAAUCUUCUUGAAGGAAGCGAAUGCCAUUUCUGUUGAACUUAAGAAAAAGGUUCAAUUCCAAUUUACAUUAUUAACCGACACAUUGUAUUCGCCAUUACCGCCAGAUUUAGUAACAUCGGCAGCGAAUAAUCCAUUAAUUGGACCGUCAUUAGCAAUCACAGCAUCUGAAAAUGAUUUAGAUGAAGAUGGUGAACGUGUUUUCCCACGGACAAUUGUCGCUGUUGAAGUACAAGAUACGAAAAAUGGUGCUACACAUUAUUGGAGUUUAGAAAAAUUAAGACAGCGUCUUGAACUAAUGCGUCAUGUAUACAACGCUGAGUUGCUGGAAGGUGUAUAUGAUACGAUGACCCGUGGUGAGGCGGAGGGUGAGCGUAGCCCAUCAGAGGCACCGCCAGACCUCUUACGGUGUCUACAAGCACCACGAUUCUCACUUGCUAGUCUACUACCGUCGAGACAACGAUUGGAAUUGAUGCGUGAAAUGUAUCAUAAUGAAGCUGAACUUUCACCAACCUCGCCUGAUUAUAAUGUGGAAUCAUUAACUGGUGGAGAUCCAUUCUAUGAUCGUUUUCCUUGGUUCCGAAUGGUUGGCAGAUCUUUUGUAUAUUUAAGUAAUUUAAUGUACCCUGUACCCUUGGUGCAUAAAGUAGCAAUUGUGAGUGAAAAAGGUGAUGUUCGCGGUUGGUUACGUGUUGCUGUUCAAGCGGUUGCCGAAGAAGACAAUAAUGCUGAACGUUCAAGUGGUGUACGACAAAGUGCACGUAUAUCAUUCACCGAUGGAUCUCAACAAAUUCAAAUACCCCCACCACCGCACUCAAAGAGUGCGUCACGUUUAGAUGAACGUAUUGUUGAUGGACAAGUUGGGGAUCUUAUUAAAGAUGAAAUUGAAUGUGACGCAGACUCGGGACGUGGCGAUAGUUCAGUGUCAUCCGAAUUAAAAGAAGAAGAAUUCCCACCACAUUUAACACCAAGCAAUGAUUUUACAUUUAGAGUGACGGUUUUACAAGCUGUUGGUAUUUCAACCGAAUAUGCUGAUGUAUUCUGUCAAUUUAAUUUCCUACAUCGACACGAUGAAGCCUUUUCAACAGAACCGGUUAAAAAUACAGGAAAAGGGACACCUCUUGGAUUUUAUCAUGUACAAAAUAUAACCGUAAACACAACAAAAUCAUUUGUCGAAUACAUCAAAACACAACCAAUCGUGUUCGAAGUAUUUGGACACUAUCAAGCGCAUCCAUUACAUCAAGCAGCCCGUGAAGGUAUCACACAACAAUCGUCACAACAUCGACAACCACCACGUCGAAUGUUACCACCAAGUAUACCGAUCAGUCAACCAGUACGAUCACCAAAGUUUGGUGCUCCACCAAGUCCCAGCACCGCUCACGUACAAUCUAAACACGAUUUACUCGUAUGGUUUGAAAUAUGUGAGCUUGCACCAAAUGGAGAAUAUGUUCCGUGCGUUGUAGAACAUGGGGAUGAUCUACCAUGUCGGGGAGUAUUCUUGUUACAUCAAGGUAUACAGCGGCGAUUGCGUAUUACAGUUGUACAUGAUCCAGCACCGGAAAUACGUUGGCGUGAUGUUCGUGAAUUAGUUGUGGGACGUAUACGAAACACACCGGAAACGUCAUGUGAUGGUGGCGACGAGGAAGAUGAUAGUUCAGUAUUAUCGUUGGGAUUGUUCCCUGGUGAACAGAUUGAAGUACCUGGAGAUGAUCGAUGUAUGUUUAGAUUUGAAGCCGCUUGGGAUUCAUCUUUACAUAAUAGCCCAUUAUUGAAUCGUGUCACUGGAAGUGGUGAACAAAUCUUUAUGACUAUUUCAGCCUACCUGGAGUUGGAGAAUUGUAGCCGACCGGCAAUUGUAACAAAGGACCUUUCAAUGAUAAUUUAUGGACGUGAUGCUCGAACUGGCGGACCACGCUCAUUAAAACAUUUAUUCAGUGGACAAUAUUAUCGUACACCUGAAGCAAAUCGUUUGAGCGGUGUUUACGAGUUAUUAUUACGUCGUGCUUCUGAAGCAGGUAGUCCAGGCGUACAAAGACGUCAACGUCGUGUCCUAGACACAAGCUCCACAUAUGUACGUGGUGAAGAGAACCUAGAUGGUUGGAGACCACGUGGUGAUAGUUUAAUAUUCGACCAUCAAUGGGAAUUAGAAAAAUUACGUCGUUUAGAGGAAGUUGGACGUAUACGUCAUAUUUUAUUGUUACGCGAACGUCUUGGCUUAGAUAAACCGACUACGCAAAACAAUUCGAAUACAAAUCAAUUUACAUCAACACCUCGUCACGAUUUUACGAAAAGUGAGAAAGAAGUUUGUAAUAUGGUCGCAAAAGCUGGACGUAUUGAUAACAAUAACACGAAUACAAUCGAUAUACAAAUCAAAGAUGCCGAAAACAAAGAAUAUACGGAUAGGGAACGAGACUUGUUACUCAAGUGUGUACGAUUAAUACAAGGCAAAAAAGAUCAUACAUCAGUGAAUCCAUCAAACGAUGUGUCCCCAGGAGAUGAAGGAUGUGCUGAUAUGAGUUCAAGUAUGGUGUCAAGUAUUAUGUCAGCCAGUUCAAUUGAGCUGUGUUCACCGGAGAAAGCACGACCUUUGUUAGAACAAAGUAUGGCCAUGUGGGGUGGAGGUGCUCAACAUGGACCAACAGCUAAUACAAACUCUUCAACAACAUCGUCAGCGUUAUCACAACAAUCGUCACAGAAUACAAAGAGCAACGUAACAGAACCUUUAGUAUUAUAUGCACCGGAAGUUGAGGAGAUACGUGUCAGUCCUGUUGUUGCACGUAAAGGAUAUUUAAAUGUUUUAGAGCAUAAAACAAAUGGUUGGAAAAAACGAUGGGUGGCUGUUCGACGACCAUAUGUAUUUAUUUUCCGAGAUGAGAAGGAUCCAGUUGAACGUGCAUUAAUAAAUUUAGCAACAGCUCAAGUUGAGCACUCAGAAGCUCAAUUAGCAAUGGUUAAAGUUCCACACGCGUUCAGUGUUGUAACACGUACACGUGGCUACUUGUUACAAACAUUACAUGCCCGUGACGUUCAUGAUUGGUUGUAUGCUAUUAAUCCAUUAUUAGCUGGUCAAAUCAGAUCAAAAUUAGCUCGUCGUGUACCUCAAUCAACCUCAACAUCAACAGCAAUCACAACAACAGCAGCCAAUACUACUACAGAUUCAUCUCAACAAAAUAAUGGUUCGAACAAUAAAUGAGAUUUAAUUACAAUGGAAUCUGUUCUUGUCUAUUAAAUUUAAUUAAAUUAAAUUAAUCAAACAUCUCUUAAUAUCAAACGAAAAAUUAUUUCAAUUAAAUUCAAAUUUAAUUCUUUUUUAAA